AUGUAUUCAAUUACCUGGAUCUUGCAAAAUUUUCUACAUGGAUAUCUCAAACCCACGACCCUACCCGCCGAAUCGAUUCACAACGAGGCAUGUGGGCAGGGACCCCUAAACAGGAAGCCACCACCCAGCUAUGUCUCCUUGGAGACACCCCUGCACCCAUUGGAAGACUUACCUCCCGUCUAUGAUCCCUCAACAUGGUGGUUAGAUGGCCAGAUUCCUGCGUAUCCCCAUUUCCAGGAUGGGGAGACAAUUCGAUUUCACGUGAAAGCCAUCAAGCGUGCUCUUUUCCAAUACAUUUUGGAGGGAUGCAGACUCCUUUCGGAGAGAACGGACAAUCAAUCACUCCUCUCCUCAAUUACCCAGCACGAAUUGCUUUGGAAAGCCGCAAUCUCGGUCCACAAAUAUGGGGUUUUAUAUCUAGCCGCUCGCUGGGAGUGCCGUGAAGAAUUCCUGCCAGCGGUAGAAUCCAACCAUCAUCUUUUCACCAAAAUCAACAUCUUUCUCUCUUGCAACUACAAUGUCAUUCGUGCUAUCAACUACGGCGUCCAUCGACUGGUCAACAGUUCAACCUUCACUGUGGACUACCAGAGAAGACUCAUCCCUCCAACGGCCAUAUCAGCAAUUGGCGUAAGCCACAUUGCAGUCAGGGCACAGGAUUUUGAGGGAGAUAGUGUCCGCAUGCUAGAUAAUUUCUCUGCUAUUUGGGACCUCCACGAUUUCGCCCAUCUUUCCGCCGCGUCGGUAUCCCCAAGUCUAUACGGCUCGAAAUACUUCACGCAUCUCAUCAAGCUCCCAUCCGAGCUGACGGCCUUGAUCCGCAGCCCGAAAAUGCAGACCGCGGACCCUACCCCUCGGUACUCGGAUGGAGUUGUCUUCAGCGAGCUUCUCACCGUCCUCUUCACGUCUGAGAUGGAGGCGGUGCAAAGGGCAGAGAAGGUGCAUACUUAUGUAUCCCUCACCAAUACUUUGGCCGAAUACGUUGCAGAUUACCUCAUGGGGAGACGUGAGCUGCAGCAUCAGAGCACGCGUGAAAUGUUGAGGGUGAAACAUCCCAUACGCGCUGUUGAGUUGGCGACUCUGGUGCAGAACAAGGCUUACGAACUGACGGCUAGCGAGAUUGAACAGCGGGUGUUCACGAGAGGGGGUCCUGCUGGGGAUUCUAGGGAUGACCUGGAAAGACUGUCCCCAUUUGAGAGAAUCAAGUUCCUUGCGGGUUGUCGGAGAUGGUUAUAUUUUGAAAUGAGAAAUACUAUCAAGCACCGCGCCCACAGACUGGCUUACCAGAAAGUGGCGGAGCGCAUGCUUGCACCAGAAAAUGGAGUCUCGAUCACAAGCGAUGAUCAUUUGCUGCUGGCAGGGGUCCUUAAAAACAUCCAGUAUCAAGACUGGGAGAGUGAUAGAAGGGUAAAUCUUUGGCAGAUGAUCAAAGACCUUGAAGCCGGUGUUGAUACGCACUGCUAG